AUGAUUGUUUCAGUUCUAUCAUCACGGGCUUCAUCUCUAUACACAGAUGUGCAUGAUGGAAAGGGUGUGCUAAUGAUUAUUGCUGAUGCAAUUAAUUGUGGGAAGCCUGUUCCUGAAAGCAUAAUCUUCGGCUUGCUGUCAAAAAGACUUGAAGAUGGACAUUACAGAGGUGAAAAUGGAUUUAUUUUGGAUGGAAUUCCUCGGACACGCCUCCAGGCUGAGAUCCUUGACGAACUGGUUGAUAUUGACCUAGUUGUGAAUUUUAAAUGCUCUGAGGACCAUUUUCAGAUAGUUGGUUCUCCUGCUGAUUCAACUGCACUUUGUGGCAGAAGCAAAUCCAGUUUUUCGGGUCUUAACAGGACCAAUGAAAAUUCCGAGUUUAUGGUCAAUGCAUUCUACAGAGAGCAAAUGCAAUUUCUUGAGGCCUACUAUCAGAACCAGAAUAAGCUCAUUGACUUUCAAGUGGGGGAUGCACCAGGAGAUAACUGGAAAGGACUGCUAGCUGCUCUACAUAGCCAGCAUAUAAAUGCAGUUCAUUCUUCGCAGACAUUGACAACGAGUUUCAGGAGACCUUGA